GAAGUCUUGAAGCCCUCAAUUCGGCGACGGGGACACUUCCAUCGCAUCCCAAGGUCAAUCCUCGCUUCUACGCGGCGGUCACCCACAUAUUCAGCCCAGCCCAAAAAAAUGGCCUCACCAUUUCUCACCCCGGGCUCCCACUCGCAGCUCAACCAGCUUGCCCUCCUCCACCUCCGCCGCGACCAAGCCAUCCCGACCGUCCUCCAGCUCCACGACGAGGACAACGCCGGCUACAAGGAAGGGAAAGUGACGACCACGCGCUUCGGCUCCUUCCCGCACACCACCCUCACCGGCCAACCAUGGGGCUCGCAGAUCAUCGCCUCGAAGGUCGACACGGGCUCGCGCCGCGGCCGCGGUCCGCAGAAGAAGAACCGGCAGCUGAAGCGCAAAGCGGACGAGCUCACCACCAAUGACUCGGCGGAGGGGGCCAACGACAGCCCAUCCGGUUCGCCGCAGGCCGCCGUCGCCGCGGCCAGUGGAUUCCUGCACCUCGUCUACCCGACCCCGGAGCUGUGGACCAUGUCCCUGCCGCACCGCACCCAGGUCGUCUACACCCCGGACUACAGCUACAUCCUGCACCGGCUGCGCGCACGGCCGGGCAGCUCGAUCAUCGAGGCCGGCGCGGGCAGCGGCUCGUUCACGCACGCGGCCGUCCGAGCAGUCUUCAACGGAUACCCCACAACCACGACAACAGACGACACGACACCACCCCCCUCAUCCUGCUCCUCCACCUCCUCACCACCCAACAAGAAACGACUCGGCCAAGUCUCCAGCUUCGAAUUCCACGAACAGCGCGUCGGCAAGGUCCGGCAAGAGCUCAAGGAACACGGCCUGGACGGGUUGGUGCACGUCACGCACCGGGACGUCUACCAGGACGGGUUCCUCGUCGGGGACGCGGAGACGGGGACCUCGCCCAAGGCCAACGCGGUGUUCCUGGAUCUGCCCGCGCCCUGGCUCGCGCUGAAGCACCUCGUGCGCCACCCGGCCUCGGGCGCGGAGUCGCCGCUGGACCCGACGUCGCCGGUCUACCUGUGCACAUUCUCCCCCUGCCUGGAGCAGGUGCAACGGACGGUGAGCGUGCUGCGGCAGCUGUCGUGGCUGGACAUCUCCAUGGUGGAGGUCAACAACCACCGGAUCGACGUGAAGCGGGAGAAGGUCGGGCUCGAGUACGAGAAGGUGCGCGGCGCCGUCGUCUUCCCCAAGUCCGUCGACGAGGCCGUCGCCAAGAUGCGCCACGUCGAGGAACACUCCCGCAAGUAUCGCGAGUUGCAGCAGCAGCAGGACGAGGAGGAGGAGGACCUUCUGAAUAGCACCACCGCCGCCAAUACCCCUCUGCCCGCGUCCUCGGGACCGGCUGUCCCCGCAAAGGAGGAACAGGCUGCGCCCCCCUCCUCCUCCUCCUCCUCCUCCUCCUCUAGCAACAUCCCGCUGUACAAACAAGGCCGUCUCGUCCAUCGCACCGAAGACAACCUGAAGACCCACACCUCCUACCUGGUCUUCGCCGUCCUGCCGCGCGAGUGGACCGAGGAAGACGAGCAGAAAUGCCGCGACAAGUGGCCCCCGCACCGCGUCGAUCAGCCCAUGCAAACCGACAAGCCCAAGGGAAGGAAGCAGCUCAAGCGCGAGCAACUGCAGCGGGAGGAGGCCGAGGAACAGCAGCAGCAACAGCAGAAGCAGCAGCAGCAGGAGGUAGUAGCAGGAGGGGAAAAGCCGGCCGAUGCCUCUGAAGAAGCUUAG